GUAUUAACACAUCAAAGAUAUAAAAGCACUAAAAGAAUCAAAGGAAAAAAAUAUUUACUGAUCGAGCCAUAAUAAAUCUAUUCCCGUAAAGAUAAAAUCAGUUUCUCCGUACUAAUAUGCACACGAACAUCGCGUGACUUUCGACCUGCACGAUAAUCAUAACAGCCGACAUGAUAAUAAACCAUUCAAUAGGUUAAACAUCUAGUCUCGAGUAAUCUGCCUUAGCUGUCGAAUAGAAAAUUUUUCAAGUUCUUUAAUGUUUGUUGAUUCGUUCAAAUUGAAAAGUAGCACAGAAAUUAAUCAAUCUAUAGAUGCAAAAAAUGACAUUGAUUGUGCCAUUGAAAGUACUGUCUAUUCUUUUUCUCUUUCUUCCAAAGAUUGCAAGUUUAUCUGAAUUUCACACUGUCGGUGUCGAACAAACUCCUUUUAUCAUAGAUAUUUGCAAAUUCUAUGGACCGAAAUCUAUAAUAUUUUUAUAUACCAAAUCGAUAAAAGAAAUGGAAAUGACAACGACAAUGUUUAAAUGGAGACGAGCACUUUCUCACGAAGGGAUUAUGAGCACAAAUUUAUACUUUUCACGAAUGCACGAAUCAUCUUAUUACUUAAAAGAAACUCUACGACCGUAUUACAUAGUAGUGAUCUCUAAUUAUAACACGAUUAAUGAGUUCUCCUUAGGAACAAGUACCUAUGAUAUGUCUUCAGCUGUGUGGCUAGUGAUAUUCAUAUAUAAGGAAAAUGGUACCGAUUAUUGUCACAAUCCACCAGGUAAUAUAUUUCAUUUAAGAUUCAAUACUGAGAUGAUGGUCCAUUGUGGUACGGAAAAUAUUUUACGAGAAUGGUAUUCGAUCGAUACGAAUCAAAUUGAGAUCAAUGAUAUAGCUACUUGGAGCUCAGAGAAGGGAAUCAUUAAAAUGGUUCCAGAUUUUAUUUACGAACGAAGAAAUAAUUUAAAGAGUAUAAUCAUGAGAGCUGUAAUAGUAAAGGCAAAAUAUCUUCAUUUAUACAUCUUUUCUAUUUUCUACUGAAAAAUAUUAUUUUUCAUUUUCCUUUUUCUAUUGUGUAGGGUUCAACAUUCAUAAACCUAAAAGAGGAUGGCGAAUUAGGCAGUACGUUCAAUGAAUUACUAAGAGAAAUAUGUGUUGCUCUUAACUUCAGUUUCGACAUAGUCUCAGAAGUAGAAGAGUUCGGAAGAUGGAAUCCAGAAGAAAAUACAUGGACUGGAGCAAUUGCAGAAUUAAAUGCAGGACGAGCAGACAUUUCUCUUGCUGGUUUUUCUAUUACCAAUGAUAGAUUAAAUGUCGUUGACUUCGCGCUACCUCAUGUGAUCACCAAAAACUAUCUCUUCAUUCGUAAACCAGAACUAUUUGCGGUUGAAUGGUCAUCUCAUUUCUUAGUACGGUUACUUGCAAUUGAAUUCUUUAUUAUUUUUUUUUUCAUGCGUUAACUUUAAUGGAUAAAGAGUUGUUUCUUUUUAGACUUUUAAUUAUUCUGUUUGGAUUGCUAUGUUCGGUGUAAUAAUCGCGGCAACGAUGUUAUUGGUUUUUCUCAAAAUAAGAAAUGGAACCGAUCGUAAAAUAAGCCAUUUGUUAAUCGAUAAUUUGUUGGAAAUUUGGGGUAUAUUUUGCCAACAGGGACUUACUGGUUUGAUUCUAUAUUUUUU